GGCGCCCGGCUGUUUGCUGUGUCAAUGGGAAAAAAUUAAACCCCCCCAAAUAUCGUCUUUACCCGUCCUUUGACACAAACAGACUAGUCUGCUGUCUUAAUCUCGCCUCCUCAAACGAUCUCAACCUUCUUUUUCCCACUGCUACAUCACUCUUCCGCAGAGUUUUCUCGACUUUUAUCCUAAACGGCCACGCUGACCCGCGCCUAGUCGGCUUCCCCGACUUACCCCCGGACGCACAUCGAUAUACUCUUGCAUCCCCCCAGGCUUGGCUUCGCCCUGUGCACCGCCUCCUUCACCACCUCGACCAACGAGACUCGACUCGAAUUCGACUCAAUUUUACACUCGCUGCGCUUCACAUCACCCGAGCAUCGAUCCAUCGUCGACAUCGCCAUGCGAAGCAAUGUCUCUCCCUCUGCGCUCCCGUGACAUCGGCAGGAGAACGCGGGCCUUCUAUGACAAUGAAGAACUCAUCACACACAAGCCGCCCCUGCCAACCCUUCCGUCCCGCAUCGAUAAACACUCGAAAGAAACCGAAGUACAUUUAGCACCGAUCAUUUCGGGGUCCUUUGUCGCCGCCUUUGCAAGAGCGCUUGCUGACGGUCUCGACAACGAACUUCUUACACACUACUACCUCGAAGGCAAAGUAAAAGUCAACCUCGACAGAGUUAUCGACCGACUAAUCGCCGAUUUCUGUCGUGAAAUCUGGGAUGAACUCUAUACAUUUUAUCACAACGCCGAAAGCGCCCCAUCCGCACAAGUCGUCCGCCUCUUCGAAGGUCCUAUUAGCCAACUGAUUCUGAUCCUCAAUGGACCAGAGACAUCGAAAUGUAUUCUCGACAUUAUCGCUCCUGGUCUAUCCCAACGGCCGGUCACUUGGUCAGCAACUGCCAACGGCGUCAGCCUGCCUCUUGCAUUACAGCUAGUCUGUGGCUUCUGGCACCGAGAAUACCCAGAGCAAUCGCCUGGAGGGUGUCCGGAACAGAUUGCUCGAACACUUCACUCGCUGAUUCUCAGCGGCCAGGCAGCUCAAAAGCUGGUGUCCCAGAUACGUCGCCUUUUGUUAUCGCCAAACUACGUGCAAGUUCACAUGGCUGAAUCAACAGUCUGGGAAAUUAUUCGCAAACGAACCUUCCGCCCGCCGCGUGAUGGAUACCAGCUGAUGCAAUUUAAAUUCUCCUGCCAACUUUUUGGGCCUCUCGAUGGAAUUGGGGAUCCUCAGUUGGUCAACAUUGGCUCAUUACCCGCGCUCACUGGUAGCUCUGGCGACUGUGUCUACACAACAGUCGCAGACUACAUCGAUAAGCGAUGGCCAAAAUGCGGCCGCAUUGUGCUCAAGUGUCUCGAGGCUGCCGUCAUGAACGCAUCGGCUUCCCACCAACCGGGUGAACCCAGCCUAGGAUUUUCUGUCUGGGACAGCUCGGACGAAGACACAGCCUACUGCGCCGGGCUUCGACUGAUUCACUUGGAAGUUGAAGACAACGCCAUCAGAAUUAGCAUCUCCGCCUGGACUCACACCAUGAUUGAAAUAUUCCAGCAAAUGUCAUGGAUGUGCGCAACCCUCAGCUCCUCUCCCUUCCCCAAUACACUCUCCGAAUGCGCAGUCCACGUCGCAGACUGGACCUACCAAGACGACUCAGUCUACGUGAACUGUAGCCUGAAUCACGAACCCCUCUCAGAAAACGACAAUAAACCCUGGCUUGAGCAGUUCCGAGGGGCAGCGAUUGCACGGGGCUUCCCUCUCGAAGGGUUUGACUCACUCGCCGCUUUGGCUCAACAGCAACAGCAACAUCAUCAGAAUCAUCAACGACUACAAUAACGCUUUUACACCCAUAUCACAUACAUUCCUUUUUCAACCCAUUUUCAUUUUUCAACCUUUUUUAGCAUCACUGGCGCAACACAAUAUAUCAUCUUUUGUAAUUGGUCACGAAAAACUGGGAGGCGUUCGUUCAUCUUAUUUGGACACAGGUAUCUUUUUUUUUUUGGAGGGAUUUUAAUUAGCAGACGGGGCUGUUCUGUACUGUAUAUACACUAUUUACGUUUGUAAAGAUAUCCCAAAUAUACACGAAUCUGAGCAAAAACAAU